AUGGUCUACGAGCCACACUCGACCCCCAUAAUGCUCUACGAGCCACACUCGACCCCCAUAAUGCUCUACGAGCCACACUCGACCCCCAUAAUGCUAUACGAGUCACACUCGACCCCCCAUAAUGCACUACGAGUCAUAAAGUCAGCUGACACUGUCUGGGGCCCAGGAGCUAAGAGAGAGACCAAGAGGCGACCCAUUCCACAUUCCCUCACUUGCUUUGCCCGGAAUGCAAUAGAACGGAGAACAAUAAGAAGAGGAGGAGGAAGAGACAGCUGGUGGAAACCGAGCCAAGACUCACCAAGAGGAAACCCGAUAAACUCGUGUGAAAGAGACACCAAAAGAGGAAGUCAAGGUCAGGCACUAAGGAGGAAGUCAAGGGUCAGGAACAGAAAAUCAAAGGUCAGGUGCAAAGAGGAAGGCAAGGUUCAGGCACAGAGAGGAAGUCAAGGGUCAGGCACAAAGAGGAAGUCAAGGGUCAGGCACGAAGAGGAAGUCAAGGAUCAGGCACAGAGAGGAAUUCAAGGGUCAGACACAAAGAGGAAGUCAAGGGUCAGGCACAAAGAGGAAGUCAAGGGUCAGACACGAAGAGGAAGUCAAAGGUCAGGCACAGAGAGGAAGUCAAGGGUCAGGCAUAAAGAGGAAGUCAAGGGUCAGGCACGAAGAGGAAGUCAAGGAUCAGGCACAGAGAGGAAUUCAAGGGUCAGGCACAAAGAGGAAGUCAAUGGUCAGGCACAAAGAGGAAGUCAAGGGUCAGACACAGAGGAAGUCAAGGGUCAGGCACGAAGAGGAAGUCAAGGAUCAGGCACAGAGAGGAAUUCAAGGGUCAGACACAAAGAGGAAGUCAAGGGUCAAGCACGAAGAGGAAGUCAAGGGUCAGACACGAAGAGGAAGUCAAAGGUCAGGCACAGAGAGGAAGUCAAGGGUCAGGCACAAAGAGGAAGUCAAGGGUCAGGCACGAAGAGGAAGUCAAGGGUCAGGCACGAAGAGGAAGUCAAAGGUCAGGCACAGAGAGGAAGUCAGAACGGAGGGAAGAGGAAGCCAAGCGAGAUGUGGGAUCAGCCUACAGUGACACGAAGCGUUCCACCAUUACGUUCCGUAAUCACAACGCUACACGCCACGACUAAAGCUGAAAAUGACCGAGAAGCCUUCGACAGCAUAGGAGCGGAAGACGACACAGAACAAGAUAGCAAAGAAGCAGAAGAUAACAUAUUAAACCCACUGAGAAGAAGAUAA